AUGGCUUUCCCAAAAUAACAAUCAUAAGCAGUGACCCAACUCGUUCGAGCGCUUUUUUCUCAACCCCUGCAAAGUGAAGAAAAAAUGGUGUGAGCCUCCGUCAACUCCUCGUCUUUCUCCCCCUGAAUCCGCUUUUACCAUGACUGAGUUGCAGUUACAGAGUGUGUCUGGCUCCGAGUUGGAGUUACCGGAAUCGUCCAGGGGAAGCACAAAGAAAAAGCAUAAAAACAAUCAGGAGGUGCUUUUGUGCUGGAGUUUUCCCCGCCAUGGCUGGUACAAGCUCAACGUCGACGGAAGUUACCGCUCGGGGUGCAUAGCAGGCGGCGGCGUGAUCAGAAAUCAAGACGGAGAAUGGCUGAGUGGGUUUGCUGAAAAUCUGGGAACGGGCAAGAAACCCAUUGAGGCUGAGGUCUGGGCAUUGUACAGAGGCCUGGAGCUUGCCUGGAAUUAUGGGUGGUACCCAAUUGAGGUGGAAACUGACUCAGCCAUGGCGGUGACGCUUGUGUUCAGCCCGGUUCAGUUGUACCCGAAACACCCUCAGUUUAAUUUGAUUCAUAAGUCGCUGAAUCAGAUUAGGAAUAGCGAAAAUCUGAUUAGGAAUUGCCUGAAUCUGCUUAACCAAAUCCAAAACUACUCCCUGCAGCAUGUGUACCGGCAAAAAAACAGCGUGGCUGAUUUUUUGGCCAAUUUUGGGCUGACAUUGGGGUUGGGUUGCCAUUAUUUCGAUGCACCGCCGCCUGGCUGCGAGGCGGUUCUGGUCCAGGAUAUCUGUAGGGUGGCUAAGCCCAGGUCUCUUCUUCCCACAGUUAUAGAAUUCAGAGGAGUAAAGAAAUUGGAGGCACUGGAUAUUCACAAGGAUGAUGCUGCAUCUGUGACAUUCACGUGGAAAAUUGACAACUUCUCUCAGUUAAAUGCCGUCAAGCAUUACUCUGGUGUCUUCGUCAUUGGUUGUUUUGAAUGGCGAAUCCUUAUGUAUCCGAGGGGGAAGAAAAGCGCAGGCUCCUUGUCGGUUUAUCUGGAUGUUACUGGUUCUUCAACAUUGCCAAAAGGGUGGGCUAGAUAUGCGCAAUUCAGCUUGAGUGUCGUCAAUCAACUUCAAAGCAGCAAGUCAAUAACAAAGGAUACUGGACAUGUGUUCACUAAGAUGGAAAGCGAAUGGGGCUUCGCCUCUUUAAUUCCUCUAAGCGAGUUUUACAACGACCGUGAAGGAUAUCUUGUGAAUGACAUAUGCAUCAUUGAGGCAAAGCUUGCAGUCCAUAAGUCUGAAAUUAAGCUUUUCGGAGCCGUCAGAUAAAACCAUAAAGAAGCAGCAGAUUAGGCCACAAGUUCUGAAGAGUUGCCUACCACAGGAUGCACCAAGUUCCGGGCAGGUUUGCACCGAGCCUGCUAACCCUCCCUUAGUCAAGGUACUCAUGAUGUGCCGUCCCACUAACCGGUGAGCUAGGUUACGGUAGGGGUUUAACCUUAUUUUAGGAUUAUUGACGUGCUCGUCAAGCUUGUCUAUGUAGUAUUUUCAAAGUUGUAUUAUAAACUUGGAGUUUGCAAGAAAAAACUACAAAAUUAGGUCAUUGUAACCUUUUAUGUUAUGUUUCCAUGGAAGAAAUACAUUUCCAAACUUUAUCAAGUGUGGGCGUUAAGCUUGGCCGCACAAUUGCAUAGCAGUGAUUUCAUA